UUGGUACUCGAUGCCUUUCUCUUCUCUUUUAUCUUCGAGGAUUUGAUAUUGACUUCGGUUACAGCCAUAAUAAUUAUCUGCAGCACCGUGGGGAUCAUCAUUGCUCUGUCCCUAGGCAUCAUCAUUACGGGUGUCGUGCGUGCCCGCCGUCAUCCACGUCGACCUGGGCCUCCCCAGCUUGGAGUGCGUCCACGACGAAAUCGAGCGCGAGGUAUAGUAAGAGCUAUGCUAGACACAAUACCCAUUGUCAAAUUCGACGAUACCAAUGACGGCGUCGAUAUCACCAAAAGGGAUGUGGAGAUGUCCCUGGCCUCCGAGAAUCCUGCACGCAAUCACUCUCCUCCUCGCUCGGAGAGCAUCGCUGCUGUUGGGCAACCCAACCCGCACGAAUCUGGAACUUACAUCACCGAUCAGCCCACAGAUCGGCCUACACCAACGGUCCCCGAGUUGAGGACUGAUGCAGUGCCUGAUGGAGGCAACUUAUCGUGUCCCAUUUGUACUAACGACUUUGUCAAGAGCCAGGAGCUGCGCGUCCUGCCAUGCAAUCAUCAAUUCCACCCUAGGUGUAUUGAUCCUUGGCUUGUGAACGUCUCCGGCACAUGUCCUCUUUGCCGCAUUGACCUUAAUCAUCCGCAGAGUGAGGACAAUGCCGGACAAGAUAGGGAGAACGCCGAGCACACGGAGAAUUCGUCAGAUGGGACUGCAAUACCAAUAGCCGAUGCGAUGCAGGACCGUCACUCCCAGCAUGGUAUGAGGAAGUACCUUCGCAGGCCAUUGAAUGCCUGGCGGAUGUACAAUGUCAUCGUCGAGGAGCGCCUGGCUGCCCUACGCCGCGUGCGUGAGGCGAACGAGGGCUAUGCAGCCGGCGACGAAGCCGGGGAACCACUCAGCCGGAAUCUACUCACCACGCAGCUACGCGAACGUUUCAAGAUCCGCACUCGUAUCCACAUGGCUGGGGGAUCUAACUUAGGCUGGGGAAUCACACCCAUGCCGAGCGUUCUGGCGCCCGUUCACAUGACGGUACCAUCAGCAUCGGAAUCAAACACAUGA